AUGGUGAUAGUCGAGGACCCUAGCUCAAUCUUCACCGUACAGUGGCUCACUGGCCCUUAUGGGAACGUCCAUACACUUCAAACUUAUGCUUCAUACAUCAAAUCACAAUACCCUGAACAAUCAGAUCGGAUUCCACAACCCUGGCCCAUCGGUUUGAACACUGGUUCCGAUAAUCGUAUCUCUAGUGAUAUCACAUCAACAGUCUCUUCCUCCAAUCGUGAUUUGGCCAAUUCGGUUGUGGUGGAUGCCGAAACAGUGCAAGCUUCAAAUUCCUUUGUCGAGGCUCAAAUUUCGUCUUCUCCUCCCGGUGGCUCACCAUAUGAGUGGUUCGGAUCCGUGAUCGAAGCUUCUGUGAUGUGUUCAAUCGAUGUAGAUGAUCAAGCUGUCACAUCUUGUGGAUGUGAAAUGUUUCAAUUCACAAAGAAACCGUGUGGUCAUAUGUUUACUGUGUCAAAAGAAUUGGGACUGCCUAUUGUUUUCAACAGGAAUCCGACUGUCUCUGUUGAAAACACGGCUAUGCCAAUAAUUACUUGCAAGCUUCACUGUGGGCGUAAAUUGGUUACCGAGUGUAACUGUGAUCAUUUUCAGAACCUCAGCAAGCCCUGUUCUCAUAUGCGAAAAAUGUGCCGGACGCUGGGCCUUGAGUUAUACGUGUUGACAUCCGAUAGCGACAAUGGCUCAGAUGCGAGCUCUUCGAUUGAUUCCGAACAGCAUAUCAAGCGCUCCGAGGAAGAUCACUCCUUACCGCAAUCCGUCGAUCCGAAUGCCUUGGAACAGGUCUCAAAAACAAUUUCUCAUAGUGACUUUACCACUCCUUUAGUCAGAUCUACUUGCGCCACACUCAAACGCAUCACUAAUUCGUUAUCGAAGAAUGCAAUCAACCGUCUGAUCACCUCGGUUGACCCAGAGACUGUGGAAGCGAUCGAGGGGUCUGUAAAGCGACUGGAGAGGUCAUUUGGUGAUGCUCUCGACAGCGGUCGCCCUUCAAAACAGCAUAGACAUGCACAAUCAGAUUCCUUACUCACAGCCACAGUCGGUCAACGACGCAAAGCUCGUUGGGUUCAGGUCGGUAGUAUUCGCACGUCACUCAGUGCAUCCAAGUAUGCACUUCCAUGGAUGCACACAGUGACGUGCCGAUGCACCAGUGCAUCCUGCGAUCCACGGAAACUUGGAAUCGAAGUUGAAGGUCUGUUUGUCUUUCAUCUUCGAGUAAAUCAGGUUGAAUCACUUCCAGAUUGGGUGAGAUCUUCCAAAGGAGGCCAUCUUUGGACGGAGACGCAAGGAGUUGUAUGUUUGAGUGACUAG